AUGAAGACAUUAUAUGCCGAAAGAUGUGAAAGACAGAAGGAGGAAUUGCAGUCAAAGUCGAAAAGAGUUCGAAUGGAUGUCUUUGAGAACGUGGAAUGUCCUCCUGAUGCCUCUUCUGUGCUUUUUGUGGAGAAUAUUCCAAGUGACGCCACUGAACAUGAUCUCAACAUUCUUUUUAAAAAGUUUUCUGGGUUUAAGGAACUUCGGUACACGAGUGCUCGGCCGGAAGUGUCUUUUGUGGAGUACGAGAAUGAAACAUGUGCUACUGCUGCUCUUCAGUCUCUUCAAAACUUUAAACUUUCCCCAACUCAUUUUCUGGCAAUUUCAUACGCCAAAGUUUAA